CGGGGGCGGGGCCGGACCGGCGCAUGCGCCACGCUGCGGCACGCGGCGCCGCGCGGGGAAGAUGGCGGCUGUCGGGGGGCUGGAGAGGUGCCUGCGGGUGGCGGGCGCCGCCGCGGCGCGCCCCGAGCGCUUCCUCAGUGUGCAAGAUGGACUGGCUGCUGACUUCAAAGCACUUACAAAGAUUCUCUAUGAUUUGAGUAAAGCUCGGGGAAGUAACGUGGUUCGUGGGAGUCCUUUGAAAGAACUGGUGAUAGAAAGUUUUGAUGAAGAACAGAUUUGGCAACAACUAGAGCUGCAAAAUAAUGCAGUUCUCGAUUUCUUCAAGAAAUCUAUUGUAAGAGAUGCCAAUGAUGAAGAUCUUUGCCUCCUCUCAGACCCGGAGGAUGACAGCUCCAAUGCAGAGGCUAGCAGUGAUAAGGAAUUGGAAGAAGACAUAAUGGAAACAGAAACUGAACAGAAGAAUGUUUAUACAAAAGAUAAAACUAAGGCUAAAGAAAAGCAAAGUAAACCCAGAGAAAGCAAAAUGCAGAAAUAUAGUGAUGAUGAUUCUGAUGUUGACUUUGAUAUUGAAGAACUAGAGCAACAAACUGAAAUAGCCAAGAAAACCACGUCGAAAAAAUUACAAAAAAAAUCUAUAGUGGAUGACAAGUUUUUCAAGCUAGCUGAGAUGGAAGCUUUUUUGGAAGAUGUAGAGAAAGAAGAUAGGGGGGAGGAGGAGGAAGGUAUUAAUUAUUUUGAAGAUAUUCUCUCAGAUGAUGAGGAAGAAGAAUCAGAAGACUCCAAAGUCAAACCAAUUAAAAGUUCUAGAGACUUGACAUACAAAGAUUUCUUUGAUCCUGUUGAUGACAACGACGAGUUAGUAGCUAACACUGUUGAAGAUGGUCAGGAAGAGGAAACAGACAGUGUUACUGAAGAGGAGAAUGAAGAAAGCAUGUCCGAGGCUGAUGAAAUUACUGAGAUCAUGACAGAGAAUAUGAGAAGUAAAGAAGCCUCCAAAAAAGUAACUUUUAGUUUGCCGGAUGACAGUGAAAUAGAAGACAGUAUUGAUAUGCAAUCAGAAAAGAGCAUUGAUCCCAUUGAAAUAAAGUCAUCUUUUGAGAAGAGACAGGAAAAGAUGAACGCAAAAAUAAGAAGUUUAGAAGAGGAGUUGUUAGAGGAGAAACCUUGGCAGCUUAAAGGAGAAGUGAGUGGACAAAAAAGACCUGAAAACAGCCUUUUGGAGGAGACGUUACUCUUUGACCAUGCAGUCCGAAUGGCUCCUGUGAUCACAGAAGAAACUACUCUGCAGCUUGAAGAUAUCAUUAAGCAGCGAAUAUUGGAUCAGGCGUGGGAUGAUGUAGUACCAAAAGAAAAGCCAAAAGAAGAGGCCUUUGAAUACAAGAAACGUAUCACCUUGGAUCAUGAAAAGAGUAAACUAAGUCUUGCUGAGAUCUAUGAGCAGGAAUACCUGAAACUUCACCAGCAAAAGACUGAAGAAGAAGAAAAUCCUGAACAUAAAGAAAUUCAGGAAAUGAUGGAUUCACUGUUCUUGAAACUGGAUGCUCUUUGUAAUUUCCACUUCACACCCAAACCACCUGUGCCAGAAGUUAAAAUAGUCUCGAACCUUCCAGCUGUAAGUAUGGAGGAAGUAGCACCUGUUGCUGUUAGUGAUGCAGCUCUCCUAGCACCAGAGGAGAUCAAGGAAAAGAACAAAGCUGGUGAUGUAAAAGCAGAUGCAGAAAAGACUCCCACAGACAAAAAACGAGAGCGAAGAAAGAAAAAGCUUCGUAAACGCAUGAAGCUCAGGGAAAAAGAGAGACGUCAAAAGCUGCUGGAAAAGAUGAAGCCAGAGCAAGGCACAAAACUCAGCAAAAAAGCUGCUGCAGCAAAAUUAAAGAAGCUUACUAAAGAAGGCAAAGCCUCUCUGCUCAAGGAUGAAGGUAAAGACAAGGUCUUGAAAUCAUCCCAGGCCUUCUUUUCUCAGCUACAAGAUCAAGUAAAAAUGCAAAUCAAAGAUGCAAAUAAAUUAAAGAAGAAACAGAAGAAGCAGCGCGAGGUCUCUGUUCAUAAACUUAAAUUGUAAUUUAUCUUUUUAUAUAUGCUGCACCUUGUAUAUAUUAAAGUGUUUCUACUUUAA